AUGGCAAAAGUUAGUGAAUCAGCGAUUAUAAAUAUUGGGAAAGUUUUAAAUGAUCCCACAAGGCCAAUGAAAGAACGUUUUCGUGCACUUUUUACUCUUCGAAACUUGGGCGGUGAAAAGUCUAUAGAAUGUAUCAGCGAAUGUUUUAAAGACGAGUCCGUGUUGUUAAAACAUGAAUUAGCCUACUGUUUAGGUCAAAUGCAAGACAACCGUGCUAUUCCGAUUCUAAGAAAUGUCUUAGAAGAUACAAAUCAAGAUCCCAUAGUUCGCCAUGAAGCCGGGGAAGCACUUGGUGCUAUUGGUGAUCCAAAUCUCCGUGAUCUUCUUGAAAAAUACCAGAAUGAUACCGCAAUUGAGGUUGCUGAAACAUGUCAAAUUGCUCUACAAAGACUUAACUGGAUUGCUUAUGAAAGGGCUGAAGACACUAAUUUGACAAAGAGUCCAUACACCUCAAUAGAUCCAGCACCUCCUAGUAGUGAAACAGAUGUGCAAAUGUUGAAAAAGACACUCUUGGAUGAAAAUAAGACUUUAUUCGAGAGAUACCGAGCAAUGUUCAGCUUAAGAAAUCUUAGUACAAGUGACAGUAUCAUUGCUUUGGGCGAAGGUCUUAAAGCAAGUAGUGCACUGUUUCGCCAUGAAGUCGCAUUUGUCUUUGGUCAGAUGCAGGACGAACGCUGCAUACCUUAUCUUAAAAAGACUUUAGAAGAUGCCAGUGAGCAUGAGAUGGUGAGACAUGAAGCUGCUGAAGCGCUUGGCUCUAUAGCCACUGAUGAAUGCACAAAAGUUUUAGAAAGGUAUCUAAACGACCCGCGUCGUGUCGUCCGGGAGAGUUGCGAAGUUGCUCUAGACAUGUCUGAAUAUGAGAACAGUCCGGAAUUUCAAUAUGCCAACACAUUGCUUACAGUUAAAGCUUAA